CCGGACCGGCUCGUGGUUGGAUUUGUAGUCCGGAAGUAGAGUAGAGACUCCACGUGUAGUCUCUGCGCGGUAGAAAGAAAUGCUCAGGCUGCAGGUUCGCCUCUCGUCUGUCUCGGCAGCAGAGGCAGCAGUGGAGUAUAUUGUGGUGUAGUAAUCUUCCUGCUCGCAUUCAGUGUCACGGUGCCACCGGGAGAGGGGCGACAGACCACUGCUGCUGCUGCUGCUGAGUACCGGGGACACACCACCUUACCAUCCUCACCAACCCUCACGCCACAUCCCCUCUGCGGGCAAUGACAUUGGUGGACUGAAGUGGGAAUACACGAGAACACGCAAACAUGACGGUGGACUUUGAAGAAUGUAUAAAAGAUUCACCCAGAUUCAGGGCUGGCAUUGAUGAUGUGGAGACAGAUGUGGUGGAGAUCGAGGCGAAGCUUGACAAGCUGGUGAAGCUGUGCAGUGGGAUGAUCGAGGCGGGCAGGGCCUACGUCAGCGCCAACAAGCUCUUUGUCAACGGCAUCAAGGACCUGUCGCAGCAGUGCAAGAAAGAGGAGACGAUAUCGGAAUGCCUUGAAAAGUGUGGGGAAAGCCUCCAGGAGAUCGUCAACUACCACAUGAUUCUGUUUGACCAGGCCCAGAGGUCCAUCAAACAGCAGCUUCACACCUUCAUUAAAGAGGAUGUGCGUAAAUUCAAGGACACAAAGAAGCAGUUUGACCGGGUGCGUGAGGACAUGGAGAUGGCCCAGGUGAAGAACGCCCAGGCACCCAGGAACAAGGUCCACGAGGCAGAGGAGGCCACACAGGCCCUCAUCCUCAGCCGCAAAGCCUUCAGGCACCUGGCGCUGGACUAUGUACUGCAGAUUAAUGUUCUUCAGGCCAAGAAGAAGUUUGAAAUCCUGGAUGCAAUGUUGUCCUUCAUGAGAGCCCAGUACACCCUGUUCCAACAAGGCUUCAACAUCUUAGAUGAGAUUGACCCUUACAUGAAAAAACUGGCUGUACAGGUAAAAUCAAACAACCCAAAAAAAGAAUAUUCACAUUUAUGUGCGUUUGUAUUUUCCUUACAGGACUUUUCCUAUGAUGACCCUAAGUUGGAAUUUAAUGUGGAUGCUCCCAAUGGUGUUGUCAUGGAGGGCUACCUCUUCAAGAGGGCCAGCAAUGCUUUCAAGACCUGGAAUAGGCGAUGGUUUUCUAUACAAAACAGUCAACUGGUCUAUCAAAAGAAACUCAAGGACUCUCUGACAGUGGUGGUGGAGGACCUGAGGUUGUGCUCUGUCAAACCCUGUGAGGAUAACGAGAGGAGGUUCUGCUUUGAGGUGGUUUCUCCCACCAAGAGCUGUAUGCUGCAAGCUGAGUCCGAGAAGCUGCGACAGGCCUGGAUUCAGGCCGUCCAGGCCAGCAUAGCCUCUGCUUACAAAGACAUUGCUGACAAUUACUAUAUUGAGCGUUUGGACCGGACAGCCUCACCCUCCACCAGCAGCAUCGACUCUGCCAGCGAACCCAGAGAAAGGGGGGAGAGGGGCGAUAAAGGAGUGAGGAGUGGGGGAGAGAGCCUCCUCCAGAGGGUGCAGAGCCUACCAGGCAACGAGCUGUGCUGCGACUGUAGCCAGACAGCUCCGUGCUGGGCCUCCAUCAACCUGGGAGUGCUGCUGUGCAUCGAGUGCUCAGGGAUCCACAGGAGUUUAGGUGUUCAUUGCUCCAAAGUGCGUUCACUGACGUUAGACUCAUGGGAGCCAGAGUUACUCAAGCUGAUGUGUGAACUGGGGAACACUGUAAUAAACCAGAUUUAUGAGGGUCGCUGUGAGGAAGUGGGGGCUAAAAAACCUGGACCCUCCAGUUCAAGGCAGGAGAAGGAAGCCUGGAUCAAGUCCAAAUAUGUGGAGAAACGCUUUCUGAAGAAAAUGAGCGGGAGCGACGCUUUGGUGGUUGGCGAGAGGAAGUCCCGCCCCUGGACGGUGAAGAAGUGCCAGCGACACAACAGUUCUGUGCGAGCCCCCAAUAAGGUCCGCAGGAAAUACCAUCGCUAUGAGCCAGGCAGCGCCUCGGCAGCAAAUCUCUCAGCAGCGGCAGCAGCAAAGUUUCGCCGGGACUCCCUGUUCUGCCCAGAUGAACUGGAUUCACUAUUUUCCUACUUCGACACCGGCUCUGGUCCUCGCAGCCCUGCAGGUCUCAGCAGCGACAGCGGCCUCGGAGGAAGCACUGACGGCAGCACUGACAUCCUGGUUUUUGGCUCAGUGGUUGACAGUGUCACAGAAGAAGAGGAGGAGUCGGAGGAGUCGUCCAGUGGCGAGGUGGAGAUCGAGCAGGAAAUAUCAUCAGACACAGAGGAUCCAAGGGAGCUACAUCCCGGGGCGCUCCUCUACCGAUCCUCACGUCUGCACAACCUGCCGCUCAUGGCCGAGGCGUUUGCGCACGGUGCUGACGUCCACGCUGCGAGUGAGGAGGAGGAGGGGAAAACGCCGCUCAUACAGGCCGUGAUCGGGGGCUCUCUGAUAGCUUGUGAGUUCCUGCUGCAGAACGGAGCUGAUGUGAACCAGAGGGACAUGAGAGGCAGAGGGCCACUGCACCACGCCACCUACCUGGGGCACACUGGUCAGGUUUGUCUCUUCCUGAAGAGGGGAGCAUCGCAGACGGAGGUGGAUGAGCAGGGUCAUGACCCCCUGAGUAUCGCCGUGCAGGCUGCCAACGCAGACAUCGUGACACUAUUGCGUUUAGCGCGGAUGAACGAGGAGAUGCGGGAGGCCGAGGCUCCGCUGGGUCAACCAGGGGUUGCCACAGGCAGCAGGAGAGUUAAAGCCAAGGAUGUUCGGGAGAGAGUCAUGUCUCCUGUGUUGACAUCUUUCGCGAGUUUUCUCUCCUCGCGUCUCUCCAGCCCGAGAAGUUGAGGAGAAGGAGCAUACAGUUCGGCCGCUGCAGGACACCACAGUGACCACAGCUGACCACCACUUCAUCUCACCGCUCUUCAAACAUUGAAGCAGUCCAUGCUGUUAGAGACAGCUGGGGAUUGAGUGAUGCAGAUAAAGACAAAAGUGUUAAACCCUGCAGACUCUGAAGCCAUUUUAUCACUGAAUAUCAUUGUUCUCUAUUUCUAUGCUCAGUUUGUUCAAGGGAGGUCAUGUCAUCAUAUUCAAACAGUUCCUUUGCACAGUUCUUUUAGUUCACCUGACCCCAGACUGGAUUAUUUUUCAUAGGGGCACUUCGACUAUAUAGUAUUGCACUUCCAUAAAGGUGAUGAACCCACAAAGGAAAUGUUUAAAAAGAACCUUUAUGCUCUCAAGUAUGGAUCAAGUGCCCAAAUGGCUGGAUUAUUAAUUUCCCAUUAUUUAGCACAAGAGCUGUUAGAUCCUCUCUGCCUGUUAAAGGUUCAUGUCUUUUAGACUCCAUGUCUCCUUAACAUGUGUCAUCUUCAGGUCCAAACAACACCAGGGAUAAAAAUACUGUGCAAAUGUUUCCACAGCUUAAAUCAUACUCUCUGUGAUGAGUAUAUUAUACUUGAGGUUUAAAAUCAGUGAAGUGCCCCAUUUUGUAUUGUUUUGAAUAAUUACAUUUUGUCUUCUACACAUCUCUGAUGAAAUCAUUUUCUUGCACCUCAUUGCAGAAAUAAAAUAUUUGA